UCAUAAGAGUUGGUUCACAAGCCAGAACUAAGUGACUAGGACUUUAUGCACUCCUGGGGAACAGCACUGUUGCCUUCUGAUGUGCUAAGCCCUGAUGGAUUGCUGAACACUAUGGUGCAAGAUGACGAGAGUGGACUCACCUCCUGCUGCGAGGACCCAGACCAGCCCCAGGACCCCCAGGACAUGGUGGUGCCCCUCCACCCAGAGAUGCCCACGGAUGCUGCGCCCACGGGCAGCAACAGGACCCGAAGAUGCCCAAGCAAAGUGUGCACAGCCAGAGGACAGUGUGUCCUGGCCGGAACUGUGAUCCUGAUGCUCAUUUUUGCCAUUGUUGGGCUAUCAGCUGUGCACAGGCAGAAGGCAGCCCCGGUGCUGGCGUGCCCUUACGAAUGGGUUGGGUACCGCAACGUCUGCUACUACCUGUCGGGGCAGCAGAAGCUAGGCAGCUGGAACUGGAGCCAGGAGCAGUGCACAACACAUGGGGCCUCGCUGGCCAUGGUGAUGAGGGACUGGGAAUUGAACUUUCUGAGACAACUCAAAGACAGCACGGAUUCCUGGCUUGGGCUGCGGAGACGGGGUGAGCGCCUGCUGUGGGUGGAUGGCAGCAGCUUCAAGGAGACGUUCACAGUGCAGGGCGGCGCAGAGUGCGUCUACUUGAAUGGCGAGGACGUGGCGACUUCAAGCUGUUGGCAGAGCCGGCCUUAUAUCUGCAGCAAGGCUCUGGCUGUGGGGGCAGCUCCUGAGAAUGGUGGCGGAGAAACGACCUUCCCCGUGCUGGACACUGGCGGCUCCUCUCAUUUUUUUCAGAAGGCGCCGACGCCUCCGAGCGCUCCGCAGAGCAAGAGUGAGGCCGGGGGAAGGAGCAGGAUGGAGGCGUGCGUGAUUCCCUCCCUGCUGCACUACGUCUGCCGCUGGAACGGCUCCGCAGGCCACGGGGGCUGCAAGCUGUGCCCCCAGUCUUGGCAGCUUUCUGGGGACCAGUGCUACCAGGUUCCCAAAUCGAGUGGGACUUGGAUGCAAGGCAAAACAGACUGCGAAAGUCGGGGGGCCCAUCUGGCCGUGCUCCGAAACACCGCCGAUAUGGAGCACUUAAAUGAGGGGAUCCAGCAGGGCAGCAAGGGGAAGCUAUCUGUGUGGAUCGGAUUAAAGGCAUCCAACAACACAUGGAAAUGGGUGGACAACUCCUCCUUCGAUGCCACCACCAUUUCGGAUAUUUUUUUACAAGAACUGGCUGGAAAAAAAAACGAAAACAGAACAGGAAAGAAAGGGACUUUGAGGAUGGCAGAAGCCCUUCCUGAUGCAGGUGAGGACCCCGCUGCUGCGAUGAUGCCCCCGCGCCGAGGAGCGAAGGAGAUGACUUUUAGCCUCAAGUGCCUUAAGGACAAAAUGGUCCCCAUCGGGGUCACCGUGCUCGUGGCAGCGUUGCUGAUCGCCGUCAUUGCCCUGGCGGCCAGGAAAUGUCCGUCCUGCCCCUCUCCCAUCCUUCUCAGCUGCUCAGGGAACAGCAUCGGGUUCGGGGAGAAAUGCUUCUACUUCGUGGAGGAGGAGGCCGACUGGAACAGGAGCCAGAGCUUCUGCCUUUCCCGACGAGCCCAGCUGGCCACCAUCGACAGCCAGGAGGAUUUGCACUUCCUAUUGCGCUAUGGGCGUGCUUUGCACUACUGGGUCGGUCUGCAACGGGAGGGAUCCAACCCCUGGAGAUGGUUCAACGGGUCUCUCUUCAACAACCUGUUCGAUAUCCGGGGCAAUGGCCAAUGUGCCUACAUCAACCUCGACGGGGUCAGCAGCGACUGGUGCUCCCAGCUGAAGUAUUCGGUCUGCAGCCACCCCCUGAAGAGCCCCAGGGGAGCGCGGAGGGGAGGAGAGCCCUGAGCUGCCCCCUGCAGCAUCCUCCUGUGUCCUGGAGUCGCCUCCAAAUUUCCACCGUGAAGAUGACGAAGAGAAAGCUGCUACCAUUAAACCCCCUUAUGUAGGGUUCCUGACGGUACA